AUGCAACUACUCGGCCCAGAGGCCAUCCUGGUGGAUGCAUGCCUGCGGAUACUGAAUCUUGCCAACAGUACCUCAGCACACUUGACAGAAUAUAAUGGGGAAAACCUACACAAGAACUCAUCAUUUGCAAGUUUUGUUGACGUGUUUCUGCGGUUGCGGAAGAUUGUAAGAGAAAUUCAGGAUGGAGUAUCUGGGGAGACAGACUACGAUGGCAAGCUACCACGCCAGGUUGUAGAGGAACUUGUAUCUCGUAUGGAUCGGACUGCCCAGCAUCUGAUCUCAUCGGAUCUCACUCUUAUCAAGUUGGUUAUGCAUGGCAAGAAGAGUGGUUUGCGAAAGAUGUUCAGUGCCUCCAGCACGUCGUCGUUUGAAGGUGAAAUCGCCAGAUUGAGCAGGUGCCUUGCCCAGGAUUGCGAUGCUAUCAGAUUCGGCUGGCUCGCCUUGAGCGAAAGUUUGCAGGACGGUGCUUCUACCACGGUGCUCAGUGAGAAACUCUCGCUCGGUCUUGGUCCCAAGAAUCUCAAGCCGACUCUGAUCGAUGUAUCGUUGACUCCAGUAACGCAACGAAUUCCACCAGAUGAUCGAUUCAUGCCCAACCUACAUCACUCUGACCAUAGUAUCCAUGACUCAUCGGUAGUCGGUUCAAUCCGGCGACAGCCAGCGAGUGAACGACAAAGAAUGCUUUCCAUAGAUGGAGAGGAUUCAGCUACGCAGGAUCGUCUAGGUGUCCUCCAGGUGAACGAUCAUGGUAACCGAGAAGAUUUCUCGCGACGCACAACACUGGAGGAGAGCAGGUCGAUACUCACAGCAGAAAAGCCCAAGCUAUUACCGGCUCAGCCUAUAAUCAGUUCUAGUAUCGUCACCGAGUUACGGCCACCUUCUUCGCCACGUGGAAUCGACCUUGUCUCAGCGGUUCGUCGGAGAGACCACAAGACCCUGAAGUGUGCACUGGAAAAGGGUGGUCUGAGUGAAGAUCUAGACCAAUUGAAUCUUCUCUCUCAGGCAGUGCAGCAGGAAGAUGUCCAGUGCACACAACUCCUCUUGUCUCAUGGAGCGAACGCCAACCACACAGAUCCGAACGGAUUCUCGAUCAUCCUGCUGGCCACAGCAACUUUAUCAGUCGAUGUUACCCGGAUUCUCCUGGAGCAUGGUGCACUUCCAGAUUUUGGUGCGACAUCCGCUCGACUGUCUCCGCUUGUGUUGGCAGCGAAGAAUGGACAGAAGGCUAUUGUCGAACUUUUGUUGAGCCACGGAAGUGAUGUUAAUACCCUAUUCACGGAUGGAGAUACUGCAUUCAUUGCUUGCAUUCGGGGCGGUGUUGAUAUUGCGAUUAUUAAUGCAAUUCUCGAAGCGGGUGCAUUAACCAGUGCUAAGACAGCUGAUGGAAAGACCCCCCUGAUCGAAGCAAUCAUGUCGCGACGCAUCGACAUUGUCACUGCCCUCCUCAACAGUGGUGCAUCACCAAAUCUUGCGGGUCCCAAGCAUCCCCUAUGGCAAGCCACAUAUUACCCGCCAGCUCUGAAAUUAUUGCUUCUACGCGGCGCUAAACAACAAAUGGCAAUUGGAAUCAUGGAGCUUGCCGCGAGUAUCAAUAACAUUGAAUCCAUCCAAAUCCUCCUUGCAGCUGGAGCAAGCCCAGAUCAGAGAAAAGAUGGGCUUUAUACACCUCUAUGCUCGGCGAUACGUGACAAUAGAGUAGAUAUUGUGAACCUUCUCUUGGACCACAAUGCGGAUCCCAACCUCCCAGCCUCAGAAUACCCAGCCUGGAAAUGCAUUACCCACGGAAGAUUCCAUCUUCUUCCACCGAUUGUCGGUAGAGGCGCGAAUCUCAAUGAUCCGCCCGGCAUCAUCGAGAUGGCAGUUGCACACAACGACGUGGAUGCUUUGGUAUAUCUCAUCGAGAAAGGAGUCAACGUCAACACACUCAAUUCCCAUGGCCAGUCGCCCCUGACGACGGCGAUUCGUGACAACCGUUUACGAUCCGUGGAGAUUCUCCUCAAACAUGGAGCGGACGUGACCUUGAGAGGAGAAGACUGGCCGCUGUGCAUGGCGGUGGGACGACCGGCGAUCUUGAGGUGCCUACUUCGGAAGUUGCCAGACCCAAGCCGUGUGACACGAGGCAUCAUGGAGCUGGCCGUGCGAGCCGGACAGCUUGACAGUGUUAAGCUCCUGGUCAAAGCCGGUAUCAACGUCGAGGACAAAUCCGGAGGUGUCUUUUCCCCCUUGACCUCAGCGGUGCGCGAGAAUCACAAAACCAUCGUCCUUUUCCUCCUCAACGAGGCAGGCGCCGAUGUAAAUGAGCCCGGCGAGCAUCUGCCGCUGGUCAAAGCAAUCCGGCAAUUCGUCAACAACGACACCGAGAUGAUCCGGCUGCUUCUUGAGGCCGGUGCAGACGUCAACUUGAUGUAUCGUGGCUGGAACGCGGUCAUGCAAGCUAUUGAGAAGGGCAGCCCCGACCUUUUGCGGUUGCUGAUUGACAAGGGCAACGGUAUCGAUUUGGACACCAUUGACCCUGAAUCCGGGAAGAAGGUCAUCGACAUCGUUCGUGACCGCGGCUGGUCUGAGGGCAUUGAGAUGUUGAUGGACUGCCAGCAUCAGGUGCGAAUGAUCACAGCCACAACGCCUUGA